AUGGGAGAUUUCAAUGCUUCCUAUCUUGAUCAGAGAAAUGUUCGUGGCGGCUUUGCCAAGGACACAGUUACUAUAAAUGGAAGGUCUAUCAGAAACCAAAAGCUCGGGCUGAUCAGAAGCCAGACACCAGGUACAGGGUUGCUCGGCCUGGGUUUAAGUGAAGGCGUAGCAGCCGCCGAAAAGUAUCACACUGUGGUGGAUAAUCUAGUGACGGAGGGACACAUUGAAAGAGCUGCCUUCAGUCUAUUUCUGAAUAGGAGCUCGAGUAGCUCCAAUGUGACGGGAAUAAUCCUCUUUGGCGGCAUCGAUACCGAGAAGUAUAUGGGAAACCUCGCCACGCUACCACUGGUCCCGGGCUUCAAGCCUGGUGCUGGAGUUGUAGCAUAUGCUGUGCACACGUCUGGCUUGGCGCUGGACAAAGACAACGGCCAAGAUUUGACGUUCCUGCUGAAUGAAUAUGUCAAGCCCGUCUGGGAUAAUCUUGGCGUCGAGAUUGCGCAGAAGAGAGCUUUCAUUGACUGCAAAUACACAGAAGAUGAAGGGCGAGAUGUCACCGUUGAUGUGGCGUUUCCCAAUAAGAUGAACAAUGUGCCGCUGAGAAAACUUGUUGUCGACACCGGCAACCCGGGGCUGCUUAAGCUUCUGGGUCUCAAGUUGGAACCCCCUUGUAUCUUUGGCCUUCAAGGCACGUCAGCCAACAAUAGCACAGGCAACCGUUUCGUCAUUGUGGGAAGCAAUGUCCUCAGGAGCGCCCAUGUCGUGUACAACGCAACCAAUAAACAAGUCGGAAUCAUUCAGGCCAAUGUCGGAUCAACCAGUUGCAACAUUGUUGGCCUGAAAGCCGGAACAGACUCUCCAGCCGUCACUGGCGCGAAUGCAAAUCAAACGAACAAUCAACCGAGGAGUGAAGGGAAUAGUGCUGGAGACAUGGUCACUCGACGAUGUGUUUGGACAGUCGCAAUCAUUUUGUCCACUGUUGUAUUCCCUGAUAUAUAG